CAAACUCCCGCUAGAGACUUGCUCUUUGUGAAAAUCCAAUCAUUUCUUCUCUUCAUUUUCUUCAUCUACUUCCUCUGUUUUCUCUCUCUAGAUUUGUCUCUGCAACUCAGAAAUCGAACAUGAAUGAAGAAUACGACGUAAUAGUUCUUGGAACAGGUUUGAAGGAAUGUAUUCUCAGUGGUCUUCUCUCUGUCGACGGACACAAGGUACUGCAUAUGGAUAGGAAUGACUACUAUGGAGGAGCGUCGAGCUCGCUUAGUCUCAAUCAGCUUUGGAAGAGAUUCAGAGGAGAUGAUAAACCACCAGAAAGUUUAGGAUCAAGCAAAGAGUACAAUGUUGAUAUGAUACCCAAGUUCAUGAUGGCUAAUGGUGCUUUGGUUCGAGUUCUCAUACAUACUAACGUUACAAAGUAUCUCAACUUUAAGGCAGUUGAUGGUAGCUUUGUCUACAACAAAUCAAAGAUUCACAAAGUACCAGCUACUGAUGUUGAAGCACUGAAAUCCCCAUUAAUGGGGUUGUUUGAAAAACGCCGUGCUCGAAAGUUAUUCAUUUAUGUACAAGAUUACGAAGACAAUGAUCCAAAAUCUCAUGAAGGUCUGGAUCUCACUAAAGUCACAGCGCGGGACCUUAUCCAAAAAUACGGGCUAGAAGACAACACAGUUGACUUCAUCGGCCAUGCUGUGGCACUCCAUAGAGAUGAUAGCUACUUAGAUGAGCCUGGAUUGGAUUUUGUAAAGCGAAUGAAGCUUUAUGCGGAAUCUUUGGCUCGUUUUGAAGGUGGGUCCCCAUACAUAUAUCCAUUGUAUGGAUUGGGAGAACUUCCCCAGGCAUUUGCUCGUCUUAGUGCAGUUUAUGGUGGUACCUACAUGCUAAACAAGCCAGAAUGCAAGGUAGAGUUCGAUGAAAACGGAAAAGCCAUUGGGGUGACAUCUGAAGGAGAAACUGCAAAGUGCAAAAAAGUUGUAUGCGAUCCUUCUUAUAUGCCUGACAAGGUUCAAAAGGUUGGAAGGGUCGCUCGUGCCAUAUGCAUAAUGAGUCAUCCAAUUCCAAACACCAGUGAUUCUCACUCGGCUCAAGUUAUCCUUCCUCAGAAACAACUUGGGCGUAAAUCAGACAUGUACCUGUUUUGCUGCUCCUACACUCAUAAUGUAGCUCCACAAGGGAAAUAUGUAGCUUUCGUUUCAGCAGAAGCAGAGACUGACCAACCUGAGGUAGAAUUGAAGCCUGGAAUUGACCUACUCGGUUCUGUAGAUGAGACAUUCUUCGAUAUUUAUGACGUAUACAAACCCACAAACAAAGAAGAUGAUGACAAUUGCUUCAUAUCCACUAGUUAUGAUGCAUCAACACAUUUUGAGUCUACAGUUCAAGACGUCCUCGCAAUGUACCAUAAGAUAACUGGAAAGGAGGUUGAUCUUACUGUGGAUCUCAGUUCUGCCAGUGCUGCUGCUGGCGAAUAAUCAAAUUUUAUGAAUCUCCUCAAAACAUAAGGAUCUCCAAGAGUUGCAAUUGUUGAGUCUUUUCAUUUUUUCUUCGUCAUUUUAUAAUUGUUGAGUCUUUUCAUUUGUGAUGGUCUGCGAACAAAUUAUUCUUUUCAUUUGGUCAUUUUAUAAUUGUUGAGUCUUUUCAUUUGUGAUGGUGUGCGAACAAGUUAUUCUUUUCAUUUGGUGAAAUAUGCUAUGAAACCGGCAUUUCUUUCGCAUUGGGAAAUUGUUUUUCAGCUUUGUAAGUGCAAUUAAAUAAGUGAAAGACUGCAUUUGAAUAAGA